UGAAGAAGAGUUUGGUUAAUGUUAAUAUUGUCCUCCAUUAGGCAAUCCAAACCACGUGACAUUUUAGCUGACAAGAUGGCGUCUGGUUGGCAAACAAGGAUUAUACAUCACUUGUAAUUAAAUUGUAUUAUGCCCGUAUCACCCUAUUAUUCUGGUAGUUUUAUGUGUCAGGUGUUUGAGGGAGUCUCGGAGCUGAAUUGAACAGUGCUUCAAUAUGCUGAGUUCAUAUUUCCACAAGUUAUUGCAGGAAAACCCAGAGGUUGGUCAGAGAUAUCUGAUGAAGCUGAUGUUGAUCAAGGAUUUGAAGCCCUUCACAUCUGAAACUGCUGACUGAUUAGACUACCUCAUAAUUAUACUCUCCUACUAUUUAUAGUGACCCACAGUUUCUACCCUCAUGAGCAAAUGAGAGCAUUCAAAACCCUUGUUGUUCACAAGUACAACUUUUGUCCAGGAAGUAGACAGGAAGAUGAAUGAUUUUCAUGUCAUAGUUGGAAAGGUAAAAUAUUCACAAUCAGAUUCUGUGCUAAUAAGUGACUGAGGCUUGGAAAAGUAAAUAAGGAACAGUUUCAUGUACUGAUGUAUGUGCUUUGUGGCCCAUGCCACCACUCUCACCAUGAUCGUGCCCAUCAUACCAAUAGCAGAAAUGGACAUAGGUGCAGUUGCUCUGACUGGUUUAAUACAAAGUCCCUACUAUAUCUUCAAUGUCCAAGAAAGAACUUCACCAGAAGUGAACUAUUGGUGUAAGUGUUCAAGUGCUGAUGAUGGAACCCCUAUGACUAGUUGUGACAGUGAUAAAGGGUUCUAUUUUGAAUGUGUAGAUAUUUUAGGUACACCAGAAUCAGCAUGGUUUUGUGAAUUCUGAUUCAACAAGUUCUUCAAAAAAAUAUGUACCUAUUCAUAAUAAAUAUAUCAUUCAAUCAUUGUUUAUUAUUGUUUCAAUCAGAUCACUGAAUAACUAUAAUGUUCUAUGAAGAUUUUUUUCAUGACUCAUGUAGAUCUUUUGUAAUAUAGUGGAAUAAUACAAUGUAUUUUUCAUUUAAUGAAUAUAACAAUUAUUUUGAUAUACUUACUUUAUUUGUCUUACAUUUAUAAAUGAUAAAAAUAAAUCACAACAAACUGUAAUUUGUAAAAGUACUCAUAAUCUUGUAAAUUUUCACCUUGUUUUCACCAAUUUUCUCUUCUAAUUCUUUAUCUCCCAGGACACUUUCUUCAUUACACUAAAAUAAAUUGAAAAUGAUGUAGUAUUAGGUAAUUAGGUGUUUUCUUGAGAACAUACCAGGUCUCUUGGUUCUGAUGCUUGAUUCAUGAUUUGAACCUUUUGUCUGCUCUCAGUUUUUGAUCCACAUCAGUCUUGCAUAUUUCGAAUGGACAAGAGAUUGAUGACCCAUAUUAUAUUGCAAUGGGACCCAAGCUGGAUAUUCUCAUCUUUCAGGCACAAUGUUCUCCUACAAGGUAGAUGAUUUAUUUAUGUAUUAGAAACAUGAUGUUUCCAAACUAUGUAGGUCCAUUAAAAGUAAUGAGUAUUGGUUUAUUUUAUCAAAAUGAAAAAAAAAAAAAAGUUUUCCAUAGGAUGAAACACUAAACUCAUCAGUUCUAGAGUAGGUAGGUACAUAUAAAUAAUAUUAAAAUCCUUUUUCUUAGGUACCUGUUAUGAAAAUAGUGUCUGACACAUAUCCUCUGGUUUAUUAUGAUUGAUUCUGUUGCUGAUUCUUUCUCUUGAUGGCUGCUAUCCACAUUUCCCUUAUUUUUCUUGAUGGAUCCUUCAUCUGUGGGUAAUGCUCAGAGUUUUCCACAGUAUUACAGUUGGAAUGUGACAAAACAGCAAAUGGUCCCGAUCUGCACUGCUUCCACAAUCCACCACAAUUCACGUUACUGGCAAUUUUCCUCUUUGAAAUCAUACUGAGUUUUCAUUAUUCACAAUAAAUCUAGCCGAAACUCGAUAAAAUAAUACUGUAAGAGGCUUCCAAAACCCACAAAGUUCUCAAGUAAACAAACUUGACUUUGGUUUAUUUGCCAACCAGACGCCAUUUUGAAAUUAUUUGACAGGUCGUUGGAUUGCCUAAUUAAUUUUUUCUUUUUGAUUUUAUCGUAAUUUUAUCAUAAAUCAUAAUAUUUUAUGGUGCAUUUUAUUUGAUUUUAUUUUAUCCAUAGCUAGGUGACUAUUUACUGUAUUUUGAGGAGACAACAGAACUAAUUUGAAAAAUGAUCAAGUAGGUUUCUCUUCUGAAAAGUCCAUAAAAUAUUGAAAUAUCUAGAAUUUUUUGAAUAAUUGUGUCAUUUUUGUUUCGAUGUUCACUGAAGCUAUACUUAUUUAUAAAAGUUUCAAAGUAAAUCCUGCUUUGGCUCUCAACUUGAAAAUAUUCACUGUCAAAGUGGGUAUAGCAGCUGCAGCAGUUUACUACAUAAAGGAACAAGGAGUCUGGAGAAGUAGUAAUGUGUCUGUACAGAAUAUUGAAAAAUUUAAAGAAACAAUAAAUCCUUAUGUCCAAGAUGUCAAGGCCCAAAUACCCAUUGAGUUACCAGAUAUACCAGAGCAGAAUGAAUUGUCAUCUUUUGUGAAACAGAACUGGAAUAGAGGUGUCUUAGCAACUUUCAAAUUUCUUAGUGAAUUACCAGAAACAGUCAAAGAAUGGACUGCAAAUGGCUAUGAAUCUGCUAGACAAAAUGAUGAAAUCAAGAAGUUGAUGGAAUCCAUAACUGGGAAUAAAAUAGAUCAAGAAAAGUAAAUGAUUUAAAAAUCAUUCAAUAGAUAUUACUAGAAUGAUACUGAUGGAUAAUUUACCUUUUGAUUUUACAUGUUGGUAUAUUGAAUCCAACAAAAUGUGUUCUUAUAUGGUAAACUUCUUUUGAAGUACAUGUGGAAUUUAGACAUAUGGUGAAUUUCUGUGAAUUUGGUUGAAAAUAAUGGAAACAUUCCAUUCUACCAUAGCAUCUGGAAUUAUAAAUAAAAUCAAAGUGAAUACUUCAAUA